AUGGCUGCCUUUAAUAUUCUCCCCAAAGAAGCACGCCGCCGCGUACUGCUCCAUAUCCUCCACCCCCAUCCCGUCCACCGCCGCGUCCCACCAGAAUUCACCGCCUGCCGCCGCAGCCGCCGCCCCGAUCGCCUCCUGCCGCCGCCUCUCAGCCUCAAGCUCCGCGCACAGGCCCGCGUACCGCGCCUCCAUGUCUCGCGGCGCGCGGGCCUCUCCGGAAGCGGCGGCGCCGCCGCCGGAGAGAAAGCGACAAAAGCCCUAAAAUCUCGUACCGAUGAGAAAAAUGGUGAGUGUCGAAGAAGAAUAGAUAAAAAUUUCUGUCAAAAUCGCCGCCACCCGCCACCUCCGACCACCGCCAUCCGCGACGAGCUAAGAAGCUGCCGUGGUCCGCCAGCCACCGAUCAGCGUCAGCCGCCACAUCCACCUUACAAAUCUCUCAACGCCGCGGCCUACGGCGGAUCACCUCUUCAUCACUGUAGUUCUCCCUAUAGAUUUACUCUGUACGAAUUAGACAGGUCGAAGCACGACCUGAAGGUACAUUCCUGGCGCUUGGCAGGUAGUAGGAGCAAGAACUCACUCACCGAGGAAGUUGACAAAGGUCCGAUUCACCGCUGGUUAUUUGGAACUGCAAUGGCUGAUGUACUGAAUGAGGCCUUCUAUAGAAAGAAAAGAACCCUGUGUUCCCCUUGGGAUGCCUUCUUGCCCAGUCGCCUCAGUCCCAGAACCAUGUGGGACCACAUCUCUAGGAAAUCCACAAUAAUGCCAAUUUUAGGAAUGAAGAAUGUAUAA